CUACGUUUAAAGAGGGACACAGUAUUGUUUCAUCCAGACUUUGUUCUUGAAAGCUCCUCUCAUGGAGUAAUAAAUUAUGACACCUCUCAUUUUUAUACGGGUAAAUUAAAAGAUGAGCCAAGCAGCCAUAUACAUGGUUCAAUAUUAGAUGGUCUAUUUGAGGGCAAGGUCUAUACUGGAAGACAUCAGUAUUACAUAGAACCAGCAAGUCGGUAUGGAGAAGAAAGCAAAGAGUUCCACUCCAUAAUAUAUGAAGAUGAUGAUGUAGACUAUCCACACAAGUACGGCCAUGGAUGUGGACUGAAAGAUUCCACAGCAAACUGGAUGAAAGAGAUUCAAAAAUCUGGUAUAGACGAUUACAAACAAGGGGUUUCAUCUCUUUCAGCUGAAGACGAACACCACCACCAGGAGUACAAUAAAUACAGUGAGUCUUUCAAUCGUAAGAAAAGAGCUACAGAUGACAAGAAUACCUGUACCUUGUACAUCCAAGCGGAUCACCUAUACACGGCAGCUUUUCUCAACCAAGACCAAGUAGUGUCCCAGAUUGCCAGCCAUGUUAGUGCUGCUAAUGCCAUCUAUCAGAAAGUAUAUUUUGGUGACUAUGUUGGUAUCUCAUUUGUAGUGGCGAGAAUCAAGAUAAAUGACACAGAAGAUGCAAAUGACCCAAGCAAUCCUUUUGCAAGUAGUAAUAUUGGAGUGGAGAAGUUCUUGGAGCUCAACUCCGAGCAGAAUCAUGAUCCAUACUGUUUAGCAUAUAUUUUUACUGACAGAGACUUUGAUGAUGGUGUACUGGGACUCGCAUGGGUUGCUUCUCCUAGUGGUGCUUCAGGUGGUAUUUGUGAGAGAUACAAGAUGUAUGCAGGUGGUGCUAGGAAGAGUUUAAAUACUGGUAUUAUAACAAUACAGAACUACGGUAGUAGAGUGCCCACCAAAGUGUCACAUAUCACAUUUGCUCACGAAAUGGGUCAUAACUUUGGAUCUCCUCACGAUUACCCAUUGACUUGUAGACCAGGUGAUAACACUGACGAAAACAUAGCAGAAGAGGGCAACUACAUAAUGUAUGCGAGGGCAACUUCGGGUGACAAACCCAAUAACAACAAGUUUUCAGAGUGUAGCAAAGGAAACAUGACUAAUGUUUUGAAAGUCAAAAAAGAUAUUUGUUUUGUAUCAUCUGACGUUCAGUUCUGUGGUAAUGGUAUCAUUGAUGGCGACGAUGAAGAGUGUGAUUGUGGGUUUGAGGAUCAGUGCGAAGACAUUUGUUGUAUACCUCAGACAGAAAAUGGUGAUGAUAAUGCAUGUAAGAAAAAAUCUGGUAAAGUAUGCAGUCCAUCACAAGGACCAUGCUGUAGUAGUGCAUGUGAAUUCAUUCCAGAAGCUGAGAAUGUGACUUGUAAUUUGGCAACAGACUGCAACAGUGCGUCGUUCUGUGGCCAACCAGAUACUUGCGAGAGUAGUGCAAAUAUUGAAGCUUUAAUAAAAUACUACCCAGAAGGUCAGGAUUACAUCACUAUGCAACCAGGUGCAGCCUGUGAUAACUUCCAAGGUUAUUGUGAUGUCUUGGAUAAAUGUCGUCUAGUUGAUGCUGAUGGGCCCUUAGCAAGACUGAAGAAUGCCAUCUUCAAUCCAGAGGUGUACCAGGACAUUGCAGAUUGGGUCACG